AUUGAGCUGAAACAGUAUAAACAGUAUAGUAGAUCAUUUGCAUUGAUCAAACAGUAACAAAAGUACGUACGUGUCGCCGCGCCGCGCCGCAGACAUGACCGGAACAAAGUACGUGUCGUGGUGCCUCGCUCUCCUCCUCCGCCUUGCGGCCGUCGCCGGACUCGCCGACGACGGCCAGUUCCUGUACAACGGCUUCGCCGGCGUCAACCUGACCCUCUACGGCGCGGCCAGGAUCACGCCGAACGGCCUCCUCAAGCUCACCAACGGCACGGUCCAGCAGACGGGCCACGCGUUCUACCCGCCGCCGGUGAGGCUCCGCCGCACGCCGUCGACAAAGACGAACGGCACCGGGAACGAGAAGGCGGUCCGGUCCUUCUCGUCCUCUUUCGUGUUCGGCAUCGUCACCGCCGACACCCAGGACCUCGGCGGCCACGGCGUCGUCCUCGUCGUGGCGCCCAGGGCGAACCUCACCACCGGCCUCGCCAACAACUACAUGGGCCUCUUCAACGGCACCGGCAGCGUCGGCAGCGCCAGCAACCACCUGUUCGCCGUCGAGCUCGACACCAUCCAGAACCCCGACUUCCGCGACAUCAACAACAACCACGUCGGGAUCAACAUCAACGACCUCGCGUCGCGCGACAACGACAAGGCAGGCUACUACGACGACGACGACGGCCGGUUCCACGACAUGACCCUCAUCAGCGGCGACGCAAUGCAGGUGUGGGUGGACUACGACGGCGACACCACGCGGGUCAACGUGACGCUGGCUCCGCUCGGGGUGCGGAAGCCGGCGAGGCCGCUGCUGUCGGCGAUGCACGACCUCUCGACGGUGAUCGUGGGUGAGUCGUACAUCGGCUUCUCGUCGGCGACGGGCACGCUGAGCACGCAGCACUACGUGCUCGGCUGGAGCUUCGGCGUCGACAUGCCAGCUCCGGCGAUCGACGCGGCCAAGCUGCCCAAGAUGCCCAAAAGGAGGACACGGUCUGAUCAGUCCAAGACAAUGGUGAUAGCUCUACCCAUACUCUCUGUGGUUCUCCUGCUGUUUAUGGUUUCCUGUGUUAUACUUGUGCGGAAACGGUACAACCACGGUGAAUUGCGUGAGGAUUGGGAGGUUGAGUUUGGGCCGCAUCGGAUCCCCUACAAGGAUUUGCGUCGAGCCACGGAAAGGUUCAAGAACAAGAACUUGCUCGGUGUUGGAGGGUUUGGGAGGGUGUACAAGGGAGUAUUACCAAAAUCUCGUUUGGAGGUCGCGGUGAAGAGGGUGUCACAUGAAUCGAGACAGGGAAUGAAAGAGUUCGUUGCCGAGGUUGUCAGUAUUGGUCGCCUCCGGCACCGGAAUAUUGUGCAGUUGCUUGGCUACUGCCGACUUAAAAAUGAAUUACUUUUGGUUUACGACUACAUGCCAAAUGGGAGUCUCGACAAAUAUUUAUAUGGUCACAACAACAUGCCCGUCCUCAGUUGGGCUCAGAGGUUUCUAAUUAUCAAGGGCAUUGCGUCUGGUUUAUACUAUCUUCAUGAGGAAUGGGAGCAAGUUGUAGUCCAUAGAGACAUCAAAGCAAGCAAUGUGCUACUUGAUAGCGAGAUGAAUGCUAGGUUAGGUGACUUUGGUCUCGCUAAGCUGUAUAACCAUGGCAGCGAUAUGCAAACAACAAUUAUUGCGGGUACCUUAGGUUAUCUAGCUCCUGAGAUAACUCGAACCGGAAAGGCAUCCCCUCUAACCGACGUGUUCGCGUUUGGUGUAUUCCUUCUUGAAGUUACCACUGGACGGAAACCUGUGGAGCGAGACACUGAAGGAGGCAUACACAUGUUGGUUGAUCUCAUAUCUGCGCAUUUGGACAGGGAGACACUACCCAUGGAUAUGGUAGAUCCAAGACUUGAAGGUGAGUAUAACACUGAUGAGGCGAGUUUAGUGUUGAAGCUAGGGCUUUUGUGCUCGCAUCCAUUGCCCGAUUUAAGGCCGAGCAUGCGACAAGUCAUGCAGUACCUCGAUGGUCAGUUACCAUUCCCUGAGCUCGUCCCGUCUCACACGAGCUUCAGCAUGUUAUCCAUGGCGCAAAGCCGAGGUCUUGAUUCAUAUGCCAUCUCUAAGUCGUUAUCGUCCAUGGCGAGCAUAAGCCAACUAAGUAGCUUCUCAAGUGGGAGAUGAUCGACAUGCAUUCAGCUAGCUGGCCCCUGUUGUCUAACUCUGUUUUUUUAGUAGUGUGUUAGCCUGAUAGGUUCCAUUUUUCUUUUACACCGAGUCUCUGAACAUGCAAUUUGUUUGUGUUAAAACAUGUUCAUGUAGUUGACUAUAGUAUAGAUUGUUCAGUGAUGUAUGUCCGUCGCAGACAUUUGUUCACUGUGUAUGUAGAUUAUUGAUGUUAAACUUUCAUAGAACAUGAUAAUCAGAGCAAGAUUUGUGGUUCAGACAAAUUAGUUGAUUGAGAUUGUAAAUGAACCCAUCCGAUUGGUGGUACUAGCUUCUUCAUGUUUGUGCUUCUUGGAAA